ACAGAACAAUAAUACAAUUUCCGGUCGAACUUCGAAAUUUGCUACAAACUGGUGGAGUAACUGAGUUGUAUUUUUAACUAUGGCAGACGGACAAGAAAUUAAUUUAAUGGACUAUCUUUGUUCAACUAGAAAAGUUUAUAAAAACUCAGGCUUUAAUCCCAUUGUUGAGUAUGUGUGGAAGAAUUCGCAGCGAGAACCUGAUAUUUUGCGUCGAUUAUACGAGAAAACAUUAUCAAUGAGCAGCGAGAUUGAAAUGAUUGCUGAUCCAUUAGAAUGCCAACUUCUGCAUCUAAUGCUUCAUUUGAUGAAUGCAAAGAAAGCCAUUGAAAUAGGCGUUUAUACUGGCUACAAUCUGCUAAAUGUUGCUCUCGCGCUGCCUAAAGAUGGCAAAAUAAUUGCUUGUGACGUUUCUUCUGAUGAUAUGGAAAUUGGAAGACCUUUCUUGGAAGAGGCUGGAGUCAUGGAUAAAGUUGAUUUACGAAUUCAACCAGCUAUCAAAACUUUAGACGAAUUACUCGAGGCGGGAGAAGCUGGGACAUUUGAUUUUAUUUUCAUUGAUGCAGACAAAGUAAACUAUAUGAAUUAUUAUGAGAGAGGAUUAAAGCUGCUCAAAUCUGGUGGCCUGAUUGCUGUUGAUAAUGCUUUGUGGUCAGGUAGAGUAACGAAAGAUGAAAAAGAUGAAAAAACAAAAGUCAUUCACAAGCUGAAUCAAUUCAUUCACAAAGACGAAAGAGUUCUUUGCAGCUUGUUGCCUCUUGGUGAUGGCGUCUAUUUUGCUGUUAAAAUUUAACGGUUCAACCGUUUUUUAAAUCAAACGUAUCACGUCAGUUGUGCAAUUAAUUGUUGUUUUUACAAGUUCUUUGGACAAUUAAUUGCUCUUUGUUCAAGUUGUUUGUACAAUUAAUUUAUAAUUGCUUGAUUGUUUGUUUUUUGAGUAUUAUUAAUGCAAAUGUUGUUAUAAUGUUCAAUGUAAAUCAUGAUGAUUUCAUACCAAAAUAUAACCAUUGUAUUUGUUCUGAUUUAA